AUGAGAUUUUUUGUUGAAACAGUGAAAAAAAUCAAUUACCCUUCAGCCGAGCGCAAUAAGAUCUACAUUCUGGACGUCCUCAAAAAACAUUUCGACUCUUCUCGUCCCGGCGACGUUUUGGAGAUAGCAUCCGGUACAGGACAACACGCCGCCUACUUUGCCAAAGCGUUUCCUAAUCUAGUUUUUCACCCGUCGGAAUUCGAAGAUGCUUUGUUUAAAAGUAUUCAAGCUUAUGCUGAUGACUUGCCGAAGAAGAACGUAAAACCGCCGGCGUUGAUCAAUGUAACCGCUGAUGUUGCUACAUGGCCAUUGGCGUGUAAAAAGUAUGAUUAUAUCAUUAAUAUUAAUAUGAUUCAUAUUUCCGAGUGGGCAUGUACUCUUGGACUGUUUCGCGCUGCGGGUAAAUUAUUAUAUCCCAAGGGUUUGAUGGCUAUGUACGGCCCGUACGCCGAAAAUGGAAUUAUCAAACCGGAAAGCAACGUGGAUUUCGAUGAAAGUUUAAAGUCGAGAAACCCUGACUGGGGAUUACGCGAUAUUUCCGAUUUGGAAAAACUGGCCGCAACAAACGGAUUGAUUUUGAUUGAUAAAUGCGAUUUGCCCAGUAAUAACAAAUGUCUCAUAUGGCAGAAGAAGUAAAUUGAUCUGAUAAACUAACUUAUAUGAAUAAAUUAUUAUGUUGAUGCUCAAA